CUCACCCUUAUUAGAAGAACGUUUAUUACACAUACCCCGCAGCCCACACCAUUACAAACUAUGAAAUUAUAGAUGUAUCGACGAAAAAGCUUUGGUAGAAUUAACCCCUCUGGCUGAAAGCAAUUCAGUCUAAGCCUCGCGCGCGUUGCCGCCACCCGCGCCGCCAUAUUGGAAAAUUUCCCGCCUUUCCACUCGACCGCGUGCAAGUGAAAUAUUAAAAAAAAAUAACUGUCAACUGAAAUAGAUUUAACUUUUUAAUUUUAUGUAUAAGUUUUUGGACUUCUUAGUGAUGUGCUGGCAUUGACAAACAUAUGUGUUAUUGAUGUCCAUUGACACUCGGACGUUCACACGACACUGAGGAAGACGAUAUUUAAAUCGAUUGUUAUGUUGUGACAUGACAUAUUUUGUAGGUCAGACAAUGGGGUGUCCAAUCGCCUUCCAAUUUUAAAUUAUAGCCAAGAACUGUCAAAAGACCGUUGAGUAAAAAUGCAAAACCAAGAUGGCGCUGAAAAAUUUACAGCUAUUGCAGCCGUUGAGCCGUGAUAUGGUGUACCACCAUCGACAGACGCCCAUGCGGGCGACUCCACCGACUUUAUCGAGGAGCAUUUCGAAAAGUGCUGAAGCCCUGGCUAGUACGAAAGGGAAAGAAGUAAAAACUCGCAAAGCGCGCAGCACGGAGCAACCUGGCGCCGCGGGGCUUGCCAAAGGCUCCAGCACCUUAGGCCUUCCAGCCCUGGGCAAGACUUGGGGCAAAGAUGACGAAAGCCUGCGCAGCCGGUCUAGGAAUGGCAGUGGCAGCCGGGCCGGCAGCCUGGACCGAAGCUCUCGGGGGUCCAGCACCACUCUCAACUUGGACGAAGACAACAUUAACGUCGUCGUCAGAGUUCGUCCCCUCAACGAGAAGGAGCAAGCGAUGCAAGAACGUGACAUGUUGGAUUUCCCUGGCAAGGGACAAAUCAUCUGCCACAACCCGGGACGAAAGGCCAAGCUAUUUUCGUACAAUGUGGUCUUCGAGCCUGCAGCUACUCAGGAGGACGUCUUGGAGUACUCCGGUGUGAAGCGGCUCCUAGAGAUGGCAGUCGAGGGUUUCUCCUGCACCGCCUUCUGUUACGGGCAGACUGGGAGCGGGAAAACACACACAUUAACUGGUCCUCCGGGCUUGGUGGAAAGGGGAGCAAGCCCAUUCUCCGAAGAACACGGGCUGGUGGUGCGGUCGUUCGUGUACCUGUUUCAGCUGAUACAGGACCGUCCUGAGUGCCACUUCAUUCUCAAAGCCAGCUUCCUUGAGAUCUACAAUGAAAAGGUGAUAGACCUGCUGAACCCAGGCACCGCUCGCAAGCCGCUGCAGGUGCGCUGGUCGAAGGAGAGCAGAGGGUUCUACGUGGAGAAUCUGUUCACUGUCGACUGCGAAGAGCUGGACGACCUCUUCGCUGUGCUGGAGGAAGGCAUGCGUAAUCGCGCAGUAGGCUCGCACACGAUGAACAGCCAUUCAUCCCGCUCGCACACGCUGCUCUGCGUACGGGUGCGAAGAGAUCUGCGCACCGAUGGCGACGUCACUUGUUCCACCCACGGCAAGAUCAACUUCGUGGACUUGGCGGGCAGCGAGAUGACCAAGAAGACGCAAAGCACGGGAAAGACGUUGGAGGAAGCCAAUAAUAUUAAUAGGAGUCUUAUGGUUUUAGGAUACUGCAUAGCUCAACUAAGCGGCGGUAGGAAGAGCGGUCACAUACCGUACCGGGACAGCAAGCUGACGAAACUGUUAGCCGACAGCCUAGCGGGCAACGGUGUUACUCUAAUGAUUGCGUGUAUAGCCCCUUCAAGAUCAAACAUAAGUGAAACGAUCAACACUUUACGAUACGCAGCCCGAGCUAAGAAGAUCAAAUCCAAGCCUAUCGUCAAAAUGGACGCAAGAGAUGCACUCAUACUGAGUCUCAAGAGAGAGGUGGAAGCCCUCCAAGCAGAAAACCACCACCUCAGAACUGCGCUACACGUACAUUCAGAUUACAAUGUGGAUUACAACCAACGUCCACGCAACACCCCUCCAACACUCGAAACCAACAAGCUCUACCAGCUUCCUCAACCAGAGCUAGUCGAGCUGGUCCAGCUCCACAUGGACGAGAACUCGGCCUUGAGGACCGAGAACCAGGAGCUGUUCGGCAUCAGGGACCAGCUGCUGAGGGACCAGGAGUUGCUGAGCAGGGAGAACGAGCGGCUGCUGAAGAAACUGGAGGAUGUCAACUCCGUAUGCAUCCGUUCACCGAUCAUACCCGCGCGCCCAGCGUACUCUGACAUGGGGUCAUCGGAUCAGCCUAACAUCUGGACUAAUCCCGCUGGGUCGUCCAACAAUAGCGUAGUCAGCGCCGGCAGUAGAGGCAGCUAGAAUUUACUGCCACGCAGGUUACAGUUACAGAGGUCGUAAGAAAUGAGGUAUUGAAGUUGAGCUCAUAUUUGUUGAACUUUUUUCACUCCACCGAAAAGUUCACCUAAUAUUAUGUCUCCUCUACAUGAUGGGCCAGCGCCGGGGACUCCAAGAGACGCUGCCAUGCGGUAGAAUGGUAUAGCAAUAUCACUUGCUCCCUCUAACGCAUAAAUGCGUCCCUUGGAGUGGCCGGCGCUGGCCCAUCGUGUAGAGGAGCCAUUAGCUUCACUUACAUGGUCAUUGCAUCAGUUCACCGUCCAAUGCCUGUUUCCGUCCACUUGGCGUAGUUGCCACAAAGAAUUGUGUAUGAUUUCCAGAAUUGUGUAUAAUUUCAAUUUACAGGGUGCUUCCUGUAACAGGAGCAAUAAAUUAAACUAAAGGCUGUACUCUUCAAACUGACCAACAUUUGUUCAGCAACUAUACAGGGUGGAAUGAUAAGUCGGGCCCUGGAGGGAAACUACCUUAAAUCCUUAAGCUGGCUAAUUUUACUUAAAGGAGACUUUCCUUUAUUUUUAAAAAGAAACAAGACUGCAUUCAAAGUAUUUUUCUUUUUUUCCUCAACUUAGCUUGCCUAAAAAAAUCUUGAGUACUAAAUAUUAGGUUUUAUGGAUAUUUUGUACGACUGACGAGUGUAAGACCAAAUGUUUCUUGAAGAAAUGUUAUCAUUAACUGUAUCGACUAGUACAAUAAAAUUACGAGUUUUGAUUUUUUUGAAUUUUUAGUCGGUUCGAGCCCCGGGCGAGGCAAGUGAGUUUUAGAAAAUCAUUGAAUGCAGUUUUGUUUCUUUAUAAAAAUAAAGGAAUGUCUCCUUUAAGUAAAAUGAGCUAGCUUAAGUAUUUAAGGUAGUUUCCCUCCAGGGCCCGACUAAUCUUUCCACACUGUAUAUUAAAAUUAUACAUAAUUCUUUGUGGCAACUACGCCAAGUGGACGGAAACAGGCACUGGACGGUGAACUGACGCAAUGACCCCUACAGUGCUGUGAAAGGUGACUUCUCUGUGCUGUAAUGUAACCUGAAGGGGUAUACACUCCAAAGUAGCCUAAGUUAAAUUUGUAACGUGAGAUAUGUUAGACAACUUAACCCUUUCUAAGGCAAUUGGAUUCAAAAUUGAACUCUAUUACUUUGAAAUAAAGUUCAAAAUUAUUGUGGGAAAUAUAUUCCCUCUGCCUUUUAAAGGUUUAAUCCUGUUUUAUUACUUCUGCAGUUGAUUGUAUAGUGUAUAUAUUUAUGUAAAGACACUAUUCAACAUAAUAGUUUAAUAGUACUAGUUUUUAGUAGUAGGUAAAUAUUAUACUUGACAAUAAAGUGUUUCCUUGUAGUUUUAGUAAAUGACUUAGUUUUCACUAAGCCCUCCAUAUAAUUUAGGCAUAAAUAAAAUAAAUACAAUACAAAAUGAGGUUUGCCAUUAAUUUUUUAAUGUUUUUUCAUUUCCUGAACAGAUGGAAAUGGUAUGUAUUGUAAAUAAAAGCUUAUUAAAACCAUAA